UUCCAAUCUUUUUUCGAUUUCCCUCUCUGCAAAAAGCUACAGAAGAAGAAGAAGAAACUCCUUCGUCCUUCCUCGGCCUCUCUCUCUCUCUCUCUCUCUCUCUCUCUCUCUGUGCUCGAAAAGCAACAGAAAUUCCUUCGCUUCGAAACCAAUAUUUCCCAUAUUAGUAGAACCCUUGGCACAAGCCAAGCUUCCUUUCCAAUUGGUCUUUGCUAUGGAUACCCUUCAGGCUGCCUACAGAGACGAAGACGACGAAGAAGACGAACCAGCAAACCCCACUGCCACCACCACAACCACCACCAGUUCCGAACCCACUGACCUACCUACCAACGAACCUACCGACCCUCCACUCUCUGAGCCCCAAAACGGUGUCGUACUCAAAACCGACGCCGAAGCCUCCGACGAUCUCUCCGAGUCCGUCAAAUCCCAAGACAAUGACGACGAAGAAGACGAAGACCCGCCACCCAAGAAGCAGAAACAGCUCUCUUCUCUCGGCACCCAACCCUCCUCCUCCGACCGCGAGCAGACUCCGUUGCCCGAAAAGGCCGUCGACAACGGCGGUCCUGCAAGCGCCGCCGUACCUACGCCGACGUCUGCAACGAAUUCGAAGAAAUCGAAGAAGAAGAACAACAAUGUGUGGGUUACCAAGUCGACUCGGAAAGGGAAAAAGAAGAACAAGAAUAACAACCACAAUGCCCCUGCCGAGGACCCAGUGUUGAUCACUCCGGUGCAGAGAUUUCCUGACAAAAACGACGAUUCCCCGGAUAUGAAUAUCUGUUUGUCGAAGGUCUACAAGGCUGAAAAAGUUGAACUGAGCGAAGAUAGGUUGAGUGCUGGGAGUACUAAAGGAUAUAGAAUGGUUAGGGCUACUAGGGGAGUUGUGGAAGGAGCUUGGUACUUUGAAAUAAAGGUGGUGUAUUUGGGUGCUUCGGGGCAUACCCGGCUCGGCUGGUCUACGGAGAAAGGUGACCUUCAGGCACCGGUUGGGUAUGACGGGAAUAGUUUUGGGUACAGGGAUAUUGAUGGAAGUAAGGUGCAUAAGGCUUUGAGGGAGAAAUAUGGAGAGGAAGGGUAUAAGGAAGGUGAUGUUAUUGGAUUCUAUAUCAACUUGCCGGAUGGUGGGACAUAUGCGCCGAAACCGCCGCAUUUGGUUUGGUAUAAGGGGCAGCGUUAUGUUUGUGCACCUGAUGCAAAGGAGGAUCCUCCCAAAGUGGUUCCUGGAAGCGAGAUAUGUUUUUUCAAAAAUGGGGUAUGCCAAGGGGUUGCUUUCAAAGAUUUAUAUGGUGGUCGUUAUUAUCCUGCUGCUUCAAUGUAUACUCUUCCCAAUCAACCAAAUUGUGAGGUCAAAUUCAACUUUGGCCCUGACUUUGAACUCUUUCCGGAGGACUUCGAUGGGCGUCCACCUCCCAGACCCAUGAUUGAAGUUCCAUACCAUGGGUUUGACAAUCGAACUGAAAAUGGAGUUUCCAACGAGAAAAAGCAGUAGCUGACUGGCUGCAUCAUUGGACCUGAUUAUUUGGUGCUUUGGAAAUGCAUAUGAGUUCCCAUUCCUUUCUUAAUUAAUUGCUGUUAAUGUAUAACUUGCAAAUGAAUUAUGAGCAAUGUAAUUUUGAUUAUUAUUUGGGAGAGAGAGAUUGUGCAUGUAAAAUAUAGAGAUGUUUAACGAACCCAGUGAUAUCUUGAUAAUUUCAAAGAUGGAUUUUAAUGGAUAUUCUAGUUCCUCA